UCAAAGCAUUCACUCGAAAUUUCAUCACACUAUCCUCACAAAACACUCUCAAAUUUAAAUCAUCCCCAUACCCGCUAUCCUAAUGCCGGUAAACCUAACGGCAAACGCGAUCACGGCGAUCAACGGCGGUGACGUGAACUCAAAGCCAGUAGUGCAGGUGUUGGAUAUUAAGCUAAUCGGCACCACACAGGAACGCUACCGACUUACGCUAUCUGAUUCCGAGUCGACUCAGCAAGCUAUGUUAGCUACUCAGCUUAAUGACAGAGUCAAAAAUGGGCGCGUCAGGAAAACGUCCGUUAUUCAGUUGAUUGAAUAUAUCUGUAGCACUGUUCAAAAUCGCAAAAUCAUUGUUGUCCUCAACAUGGAAACUAUUAUACCAGAAUGUGAAAUAAUUAGGAACCCCAACGUGAUUGUAGAAUCUAAUUCAGGAGGUCAGAAAACUAUAUCUAAUGGAGCUUCUGUGUCUGCAAUCUUGAGUAACAAUGGUAACUUGAGUGCUCAAAGAUCCGGCCAAGCAAACUUUGCUAACACUAACAAUUUGAGUGCUCAAAGAUCUGGGAAAGCAAGCUUUGCUAACAGUAAGAAUUUGAGUGCCCAAAAUUCAGGUAAUAGCAUGCAGAACUACCCACCUGCAAUUCAACCUGCAUACCAACCUCCUCCAAAUUACAAAAGCCAUGGGGCAAUCAUGAAGAAUGAAGCACCUGCCCGCAUUAUUCCAAUUGCAGCAUUGAACCCCUAUCAGGGUCGGUGGGCUAUUAAGGCUAGAGUGACUGCAAAGGGGGAUCUACGUCGCUACAAUAAUUCUAGAGGAGAUGGAAAGGUCUUCUCCUUUGAUCUCCUUGACUCUGAUGGGGGUGAAAUACGUGUCACUUGCUUUAAUGCUGUUGUUGAUCGCUUUUAUGAAAAAAUUGAAGCUGGAAAAGUGUACAUGAUAUCAAAAGGAAGCUUGAAACCUGCUCAGAAGAACUUCAACCAUCUGAAGAAUGAAUGGGAAAUAUUUUUGGAGACAACUUCAACAGUAGAUCUCUGUCCAGAGGAAGAUCCCUCUAUACCAAGACAGCAGUUCUCAUUUAGACCUAUUAGUGAAAUUGAAAGUGCAGAAAGCAAUUCAAUCAUAGAUGUGAUUGGAAUUGUGACAGCAAUCAAUCCUUCUGUUCCUAUCCUGAGAAAGAAUGGAAUGGAAACUCAAAGAAGAAUCUUGAAUCUAAAGGAUCAGUCUGGGCGAAGCGUUGAGCUGACACUAUGGGGAGAUUUCUGUAACAGGGAAGGACAAAAUCUGCAAGAACUGGCAGAAGCUGGGUUUUCUCCUGUUUUAGCUGUUAAAGCUGCAAAAGUUAGUGAUUUCACUGGGAAAUCCAUUGGAACCAUUUCUUCCACUCAAUUGUUCAUAAAUCCAGAUUUCACAGAGGCUCAGACUCUAAGACAGUGGUUUGAUCAGGGAGGAAAAGACAUUGCUUCUCAGUCUAUAUCUAGGGAAAACAUGCCUGUAGGAUCAAAAAAUGAGAUACGCAAGACUGUCUCUCAGAUCAAGGAUGAAGGGCUUGGUAGGUCAGAUAAACCAGAUUGGGUUACAGUUAAGGCAACCAUAACAUUCAUCAAAACUGACACUUUCUGUUAUACUGCUUGCCUUUUGAUGAUUGGAGAUAGACAAUGUAAUAAGAAAGUUACCAGGUCAGGAAACUCCAGAUGGCAAUGUGAUAGGUGCAAUCAGGUGUUUGAGGAAUGUGAUUACAGAUACCUUCUUCAAGCUCAAAUUCAAGAUCAUACUGGGUUGACAUGGGUGACAACUUUCCAGGAAUCUGGGGAAGAGAUUUUGGGCUGUCCUGCGAAGGAGCUGUACAUGAUGAAGUAUGAAGAGGCUGAUGAUACCAGAUUUUCUGAAAUUAUUAGAAACUGUCUCUUCAGACAAUUUAUGUUCAGGCUUAAAAUCAAAGAGGAACUUUAUGGUGAUGAGCAGAGGGUGAAGAUUACAGUUGUCAAGGCAGAUAAAGUGAACCAUUCUGUAGAAAGCAGACAUCUCCGUGAUUUAAUUUCAAAAUUCCGUCUAUAUUGAAUGAAGGGAAGUGAGAUAAGAGAUUCUUAUUGCGACCAUUUUUAGGAAAGCCAUUGGCCCUCUUCUCAGAGAGAUGUCGGCAGAAGGUCAUUGUUGUAGUCAGGUGAUUAUUGUUUUCAUUACCAUAGAAAGAUACAUUACUUGCAUUCUUGCUUAGAAAUCCCACUUACUGGUCAAACGUGAGCUUUAGUAUCCACUUGAUUUGGAAGGAAUACGUUUUCACGCCUUCUCAUGAGUUGAAUUUGCAGUACUUCUUUCAUUAGCUUCAUCAACAAGGACAAUUUUUAUUAUUGAUUUGGUAAAUGCCCCACCCCACCCCCUAAAUAUUCUCCUCGUUCAGCAAUUGUGUUUCUCACUUUUGCCUUCUUGUGAGUGAAAACUGAAAACUCAACUUGGAUGGAAUAAUCUUUCAGCUGUUCUUAUUUUAGAUGUAUGAAAUGGAAUUUCAUUCAAUUGUUCUUAUUUUAGAAUAUAAAAUUUGGAUUCCAAGUCCAGAGAAGCUCAUUUUUACGUCUGUGGGGAGACAUUAUAAGGCAUGUAAUCAUUUGCAUUUGCUGGAUUUCUUCAGCUAUUGGUAAAGCACAGCUUGCCUCCCAAGAGUUAAACAAGUCAUUCACAGGUUUAUGACUAUUCGCUAUUGCUAUUUCCUUGGUGAAAAGGCAGAGAUGUUAGCACAUAAACCAGAAUUAAUUGUACUCCUCUCUGCAGUCAGUGCGAGGGCAGCAAAUGAUAGUUCCGUGUUUCCUUUAAUAGGUGCGUUCAUGUAAAGAAAUAAGCUAAAAUAAAGGUACAAGAAUUGAUUGGUAAACAUUUUAUAGAUGUUCACUGGAAACAUGAGAGAGAUUACAAGAAGAAAGUCGAGAGAUAUAAGAAUUAUG